AUGGCGAGGGAAUGUUCAUCAGCACCAUACUUCUGCUUCUUCUCAUUCCACACUAUCUCUCCACGCCCAUCCGAGACUAUGCUAACGUCUAUUACGGUUGCACGGCGAUCUCGAACAGCGAUUAGGUCAGGUUUGAUGAACGACGUAGAAGUAGGGGUUCUCAACUCCUCGAAGACGAUGCACCCCAGUCGACGGAGACGUUUUGCAAAAGGUCCGAACCCGACCUCUACCUCUCGACUUCCCCUGUCUAGGCUUGGGCGACCUGGUUGUAUCCCAGCCCUCGUGCCUCCUUCGUGUGGCAUGGUAGCUUGGCACCGAAAGGGUGCUACAGCUGAACGAUUACUAUAUUAUUACCUCUUGUUUCAAUCUUUGCUGCAUGAAGACUUAAGUUCAACUGGAGCUGGUGUCACACAAGUGGAGAUUAUACCGUGCGACGGCGAACCUUGUGCUCUCACAAGAGCGGUAAAUUACAUUGUCCGUACUGCAUUCGUGGCAUAUCCGUGUUCCGCUUUUUCUGCCUUAACCGUUUCAACAGAUGCAAACGUCGAGUCAAGAGGUUUCACUGUUCGAGGGACAAUCGGUUCCCAGCCGCUGACGAUACCAGCGCCGAUAAAUGGUCUGUGCUUCCACGUGUUUCCACGUUGUCCUAUUGAAGCCGGGAAAAGCUACGUUUACGGUUACACAGGCGCAGUGCCCCCCAACUUUCCACUGAAAACGCAACGGAGACAAGAGACACGAGAGAGAAUUUCUGGGAGCAUGGUACUCCAUCGGUGCAUCGAACUGGAUCCAAUUUACGCCCCUCUAGGUGCAAAAGACCAACAUCUCAACCGGAACACUCAAGGAGGAUCGAAUAUUGGAUUCACAAACAAAGAAACAAGGAACUCCUUGGAGGCACAUCAAUAA